AUGAACGAAAUUAAUAGUGAAGAUGAAAAAGAAAUAAAUUAUCACCAACAAAAUGGAUCUCAAGGUGAUGAAACGAGAAAUUCCUCAGAAUCUCAAAAUAAAAGAAAAAAAAUACAACCUAAAAGAUUAAGCCAAGGUCAACUUAAUGAAAAAUCUUGGUCAAACCAACAACAACAACCACAUCAACAAAAUAAUAAUAAUAAUAAUAAUAAUAAUAAUAAUAAUAAUAAUAAUAAUAAUAAUAAUAAUAAUAAUAAUAAUAAUAAUAAUAAUAAUAAUAAUAAUAAUAAUAAUUAUAUUAUUAUUGAUAAUGAUGAUACACCAAUGUCAACCACACCUGAAUAUGAAAAUGAAGAUACAAAAAAUAUUAAUGAUAAUAUUAAUGAAUUACCAGAAACUCAAAAGUUAUCAAUGGGUUUUAAAAAAAGAAAAACUACUUACCAUGGUAUUUUAGUCAACUUUGAAAAAGAUAAUAGUUUAUUUAAUAAAAGUAAUAAUAAUAAUAAUAAUGGUGAAAAUAUUAAUAUCAAUAUUGGUGAAGUGAUGAUUUAUUCUGAUUCUCAAAUUAAAUUUGAUAAACCAUUAUAUUUAUAUUACAAAUAUGGAAAUGUAGGAACUAAAUCAGAUGGAUUUUUUACAAAUUGGGAAAAUUCGAAAUCUAUUUCAACAUUCACAGCAGAUUCACCUUCAAAUGUUUUUUAUUGUUUAACCAAUUUGAAAGCAAACCAUUUUAUUAAUUUAGUAUUUUUACCAGUUAGAGAUAAUAAUAAUAGUAAUAAAAGUAGAGGUACUUUAAUCUCUAUGCAAGUUUAUUUAAUUAAAGAAUCAUUUGAAGAAUAUAAUAAUGAUCCAACAUCAACACAUACCAAUAGAUCAUUUAAAACAGUUAUGAAUUACUUUUUAAAGAUUAAAGAUUUAGAACAAAUGGAGAUUGAAAAUCAAUUAUUAAAAGAAUUAGAGGAAGAAAAUUUAUUACAUGCUGAAUCUGAAAAAGAAAUAGAAAAAGAAAAAGAAAAAGAAAAAGAAAAAGAAAAAGAAAAAGAAAAAGAAAUAGAAAAAGAACAAGACAUUGAAAUGGUUGAUGAACCUGAUAAUCAAGACAGUUCAAAUAAUGAUCACAAUAAUAGUUUGAGUACUAUUGAUUCUGAUAUAUUUUCAGAUAAUAAUAAUAGUAAUAGUAAUAGUAAUAGUAAUAGUAAUAGUAAUAGUAAUAGUAAUAGUAAUAGUAAUAGUAAUAGUAAUAAUAAUAAUAAUAAUAAUAGAGAAAAAAAGAAAAGAUUCAUAUUUAAUAUUACAGAAUUAUAUGAUAAUGUUAAAAUGGAUAGCGAUGCAGUUGAAAUUUCAAAGUCGAAAUUUAAUGGUCAAAUGAUAUCAACACUAAAACCAUAUCAAUUAAAAGCUGUUAAUUGGAUGUUAAAUCGUGAAUUAAAUCCAAAAAUUGAUUUUUCACCUUUAUCUCAUAAUAAUAAAUAUAAUAAUAAUAAUAAUAAUAAUAAUAAUAAUAACAAUAAUAUUAAUAACGAUAUAAUUCAUCCAAUUUGGAGUAGAUUUUUAGUUGAUAAAAGAGAAUUUUUUUAUAAUCAAUUCACAGGUAGAUUAACAUUAAAAGAAGUUUUAUUAAGUGAUAAAAAAGAUGAUUUAUCCUUAAUGGGAGGUAUUUUAGCUGAUGAAAUGGGUCUUGGGAAAACUGUAGAAUUUUUAGGUUUAGUUUUAUCUCAUCCAAAACCAGAUAAAAAUGUUAUUAUAAUAAAUCCACCAAAACCAAUUAUAAAUAAAAACAAUAAUAAUAAUAAUAAUAAUAAUAAUAAUAAUAAUAAUAAUAAUAAUAAUAAUAAUAAUAAUAAUAAUAAUAAUAAUAAUAAUAAUAAAAAUAAUAAUAAUAUUAAUAAUAAUCAAAAUAAUAAUAAUAAUGAAGAAGAAGAAGAAGAAGAUGAUAAUAAUAAUAAUAAUGAAAUUAAAAAAAAGAAAAGAAAAAUAAUAAAAAAAGAAAUAAUAUUAAAUCAAGGUGAAUUUAAAAGAUUAAAUGGUGAUAUUAUAUCAUGUAUUUGUGGUAAAGAUGAAGAAUCACAUAAACGUGGUAAUUGGGUUAAAUGUAAUUCAUGUAAUAAAUUUCAAUAUAGUAGUUGUGUUUGGGCAUCUAAUCCAAGAUAUAGAGGUAUAAGUAAAUUUUAUUUUUGUACAAGAUGUGUUACAGUACCAAGAGAUCCAUCAUUAACUCAUCAAGAUGAUCAAGAAGAGUAUGAAAAUAGAUGGGAUGAAACUACAUUGGUUGGAUCAAGAGCAACCUUAAUAGUGGCACCAAAUACAAUUUUCACUCAAUGGCAAGAGGAAAUUGUUAAACAUACCAAUGGUUUAAAAGUUUAUAUCUAUAAUGGUAUCUAUAAGGAUAAGAUCAAUCCAUUUCAAUUGGCAGAUUAUGAUUUAGUGUUGACGACCUAUGAUGUAUUAUCAGAUGAUUCCAUUUGUUUAACACAAAUUUCAGCGGGUAAACAAUUACGUUAUACAAAGAUUCCAACACCUAAAUCAGCAUUGAAAUGUAUUAAAUGGUGGAGAAUUUGUUUGGAUGAAGCUCAAAUGGUUGAAUCAUCAUCACAAACUAAAUAUAAGAAAUUGGCAUUGGGAUUAGAAUCACAUUAUAGAUGGUGUUUAACUGGUACACCAAUUCAAAGAUCAUUGGAUGAUAUGUUUGGAUUAUUCGAAUUCCUAAGAUUGGAACCAUUCUCUAGUAGAUAUUGGUGGAAUUGUAUCAUUCUACAUAAAUAUUUAGCAUUGGGGGAACAAUCAUUCUUGGAUUGGUUCCAUUGUAUAGUUCAUAGUGUAAUGAUUAGAAAUUCUAAAGCAAUGAUUAGAAAUGAAUUACAAUUACCAAAUCAAUAUGAUAACGAUACAAAACUAUUAAGAUUUUCAAUGGUUGAAGCACAUUAUUAUCAAAAGAAAGCCAAUGAAUGUUCUCAAGAAGCAAGAUUACUCUUUCAAAAGUAUUUCCGUGGUGGUAGAUCUAUUCAAGAUAUCUCUAUAAGCCAUUUAAAUUCAAUAUUGGCUCCAUUGUUGGUUUUACGUCAAACUUGUCAACAUUUUCAAGUUGGUGGUCAUGCAGUUAAACCUUUAACAAUGUCAACAAUGACAAUGGAACAAUUAUUGGAUAGAUUAAUUGAAAAUGCAACUAUUGAAGCUAAAAAUCAUCAAAAAUCUGUAAUUCAUUCUUUAAAUUGUUUAGCUGCCGCUAGAAUCAUUAGAAAUGAAUUUUCAAUUGCUUCUCAACUUUAUUUAGAUGCAAUUAAUAUGUUUAAAUCAAAUGAAAAUCAUUUUAAAGUUGAUUGGUUUCAAGAGUUACAUACUUUUUAUAAUUUAAAUUUUUUAUUUAAACAAUUUAAAAAUCAAAUUAAUUUAAUUGAAAAACAAAUUGAAAAAUUAUCAAAUAAAGAGAACAAUAAUAAUAAUAAUCCAAAUAAUUCAAAUAAUCAAACUAUUGAAGAAAAAUUAAAAGAUAUAGAAAAAAUUAAAGAAAUUAUUUCAAAUAUAACUGAUGGUGGUAAAAUUAAUCUUGAUGAUAAAUGUGAAAAACUUAGAAAUUCUUAUUUACAAGGAAAGAAUCAUCAAAUGUUACAAAAUCAAAAAGAAUUUGAAGAAUAUCAUCAAAAGGUAAAUGAAGCAUUAGAUGAAUAUGAUAAAAAUACUAAUAAAUCAGAGAAAAUGCCAUGGUUUGAACGUGCAUUACAAUUGAUUGAAGAGGAAGAAAACGCUAAACCUGGUGUUGUUCCAAAUCCAUUUUUGAAAAGGGUUGAAACUCGAUUAUUCAUUCCAAGGAAUUUACCACAGUUUCAAUUUUCAAUUGUAAAUAAGUUUACAAAUUUCUUUGGUUUAUCUUUAAUCAUUAGUAAACAUAUUACUGAUCUCUUAAAGUAUCGUGUUAAUUUCAUAAAAACUUUAACACCACUAUUACAUUCAUUCACUGAAAAAGAUGUUGAAAUCUCAAUAAAUUGUAGGGAAUGUUGUGAUAAAACUCAAAGGACUCAAAAUCUAGAAUCACCAGUUUGUCCUCAUUGUAUAGCUAUGGAUAAUUUAACUUUAUUUAGAGAGAAAUUAUUCUCUAAAGUAGGUAAUCAAAAUAAAUCAAGAGGUGGUGGUGGUGGCAGUGGUAAUACAUCAAUGAUGACUAUUGAUAACAAUGGUUUAACUGAUGAACAAAGAAAAGAUAUUGAUUCAAUUAGAUUAAAUAUUGGUGCUUCAGAAUCAGUUACAGAUUCAGAGGUUGAAAUAGUUUUAAAAUUAAUGAUACCACUUUUAAAACAAAUAGAUAUAGAUAUAGCAAAAGAGGGUGAAGAUUUCCUUAAACUUUUAAAAAUAAUGAAAUUGGAAUUAUCAAGUGCAAGUGAAUCUUGGGCAUCAAGUAAAAAUUAUUUAAAUAGUUUUGAUGAAGUAGAUAGUAGUACUACUCGUAUCACUUUAAAAUAUCAAGGUGAAAUCAUUCAACCAUAUCAACAACAAUUUAAAUUAAAUAAUUUAGUAGAGGUUGAUCAAUUCAUUCAACGUUUUGAAUUGGAAAAAAAGAAAUCAAUUGAACAAUUUAAAACUUCAAAUGGUCAAUUAUUAUAUUUAUAUAAUUUAAAGAAAUCAAAUCUUUCAACAAAAUCAAAUACAAAUACAAAUAAUAAUAAUAAUAAUUCAACAGUAACUGAUGAAAAAUCAAUUUGUGCAAUUUGUCAAGAAGUAUUUGGAAAAAAUGUUGUAAUGUUAUUAUGUGGCCAUUCUUUUUGUUAUGAUUGUGUAAUGUUUAUGAUUGAAAAAGUACCAAAUUGUAGAACUAUACAAUGUCCAAUUUGUAGAGCUCGUUCAAAUAUUGAAGAAAUCUCUUAUCUUUCAACUGAUAAAGAAAAUGGUGAAUUAGUUGAUAAUUCAAAUGUAAAAGGUUCUUAUGGUACUAAAAUUGAAUCUUUAGUUCAAAGUGUUAUUAAUAUUCAAAAGAAAUCAAUAAAAACUAUUCAACCAAAUAUAAUACCAACAACAACUUCUACAACAACAACAACAACUACAACAACAACAAACACAAAUACAAAUACAACAAAUUCAAAUAUAAAUAUUAAAAAAGAUGAAUCAAUUCAAAAAAUUAUUAUAUUUUCUCAAUGGGCAGAUGUACUUGAAAUUAUAUCAAGAGCAUUAAAAGAGAAUGAAAUUCAGUUUGCAAAAGCAGUACAUAGAGGAAGUUCAUUUGAAAUGGCAAUUAAUCAGUUUAGAAAAGAUCCAAAUGUAAAUGUAUUAUUGUUACCAUUAAUAAAAGGUGGUAAUGGUUUAAAUUUAAUUGAGGCCACUCAUGUAUUUUUAGUUGAACCAAUUUUAAAUCCAGCUCUAGAAAAACAAGCAAUAAAUAGAGUUCACAGAUUUGGUCAAAAUAAAGAAACCAAUAUUCAUAGAUUUAUCAUUAAAAAUACAAUAGAAGAAAAAGUAGUUCAAAUGAAUCAAUUAAAAGAACAAAAACGAAAAAACACCAAUGAAAAUACUAUCGAUCUUGAUAAUGAACAACUUCAGAAACAACAAUUAUUACUUAUGAGUGGUAAAAAAUCAAAAGAAAAUGAUAAUAUAUUAUCAAAAGAUGAUAUCGAAUUCUUAAUUUUAGAUUAA